ACCCAGGUGAGCCCGGGUGCCCGCUGCCCCAGUCCCCCUGGCACAGGCCACCCCAGGCCCCGUGCAGACACGCCAGGCCCUCAGCCCCAGCCCAUGGACCUGCGGGUGGGCCAGCGGCCCCCGGUGGAGCCCCCGCCAGAGCCCGCGCUGUUGGCCCUGCAGCACCCGCAGCGCCUGCACCAUCACCUGUUCUUCGCGGGCCUGCCGCAGCGCUCAGCAGAGUCCAUGAGGCUCCCGAUGGACGCGCCAGUGCCCCAGUCGCAGGCGGGCCCCCAGGAGCAGGAGCUGCGGCAGCUUCUCCAUAAGGACAAGAGCAAGCGGAGUGCCGUAGCCAGCAGCGCGGUCAAGCAGAAACUGGCGGAGGUGAUCCUAAAGAAACAGCAGGCUGCCCUAGAGAGAACAGUCCAUCCCGGUAGCCCCAGCAUUCCCUACAGAACUCUCGAGCCCUUGGAGACGGAAGGAGCUGCUCGCUCCAUGCUCAGCAGCUUUCUGCCUCCUGUUCCCAGCCUGCCCAGUGACCCCCCAGAACACUUCCCUCUCCGAAAGACAGUCUCUGAGCCCAACCUGAAGCUGCGCUACAAGCCCAAGAAGUCCCUGGAGCGGAGGAAGAAUCCACUGCUCAGAAAGGAGAGCGCCCCGCCCAGUCUCCGGCGACGGCCCACGGAGACCCUUGGAGACUCCUCCCCGAGUAGCAGCAGCACGCCGGCGUCAGGCUGCAGUUCCCCUAAUGACAGCGAGCACGGCCCCAACCCUGUCCUGGGCUCCGAGGCUGAUGCUGACCGCAGGGCCCAUCCAACUCUGGGCCCUCGGGGGCCAGUCCUGGGGAGCCCCCAUGCUCCCCUCUUCCUGCCCCACGGCCUGGAGUCUGAGGCUGGAGGCCCCUUGUCCUCUCGACUACAGCCCAUCCUCCUCUUGGAUCCCUCAGUUUCUCACGCCCCUCUGCUGACUGUGCCCGGGCUUGGGCCCCUGCCCUUCCACUUUGCCCAGUCCUUACUGACCACCGAGCGGCUCUCUGGGUCAGGCCUCCACCGGCCACUAAGCCGGACCCGCUCAGAGCCCCUGCCCCCAAGUGCCACCGCCCCCCCACCGCUGGGCCCCCUGCAGCCCCGCCUGGAACGGCUCAAACCUCACGUCCAGCUGAUCAAGAGGCCAGCCAAGCCAAGUGAGAAGCCCCGACUGCGGCAGAUACCCUCCGCUGAGGACCUAGAGACGGAUGGUGGGGGAGUGGGGCCAGUGGGGGAUGACAGCCUGGAACACAGGGAGUCGAGCCACGGGCAGCAUGAAGCCAGAGGCCCCGCUCCUCUCCAUCAGCACCAGCAGGUGUUUCUCUGGGAGCAGCAGCGACUGGCUGGGCGGCUCCCCCGGGGAGGAAUGGGGGACUCUGUGCUGCUUCCCCUGGCCCAGGGCAGUCACCGGCCCCUGUCCAGGGCUCAGUCGUCCCCAGCCGCACCUGCCUCACUGCCAACUCCAGAGCCCGCCAGUCAGGCCCGUGUCCUGCCCAGCUCAGAGACCCCUGCCAGGACCCUGCCAUUCACCACAGGGCUGGUCUAUGACUCGGUCAUGUUGAAGCACCAGUGCUCCUGCGGAGACAACAGCAGGCACCCGGAGCACGCGGGCCGGAUCCAGAGCAUCUGGUCCCGGCUGCAGGAGCGGGGGCUCCGGGGCCAGUGUGAGUGUCUCCGGGGCCGGAAGGCCUCCCUGGAGGAGCUGCAGUCCGUGCACUCGGAGCGGCAUGUGCUCCUCUAUGGCACCAACCCGCUCAGCCGCCUCAAACUGGACAACGGGAAGCUGGCAGGGCUCCUGGCACAGCGGAUGUUUGUGAUGCUGCCCUGUGGUGGGGUAGGGGUGGAUACCGAUACCAUCUGGAACGAGCUGCACUCGUCCAAUGCAGCCCGCUGGGCCGCCGGCAGCGUCACCGACCUCGCCUUCAAAGUAGCUUCCCGCGAGCUAAAGAAUGGUUUUGCUGUGGUUCGGCCCCCAGGACACCAUGCAGACCAUUCCACAGCCAUGGGCUUUUGCUUCUUCAACUCCGUGGCCAUCGCCUGCCGGCAGCUUCAACAACAGGGCAAGGCCAACAAGAUCCUCAUCAUGGACUGGGAUGUUCACCACGGCAACGGCACCCAGCAGACCUUCUACCAGGACCCCAGUGUCCUCUACAUCUCCCUGCAUCGCCAUGAUGACGGCAACUUCUUCCCCGGCAGCGGGGCCGUGGAUGAGGUGGGAGCUGGUAGCGGUGAGGGCUUCAACGUCAACGUGGCCUGGGCCGGAGGUCUGGACCCCCCAAUGGGGGAUCCUGAGUACCUGGCUGCCUUCAGGAUGGUUGUGAUGCCCAUCGCCCGAGAGUUCUCUCCGGACCUGGUCCUGGUGUCAGCUGGGUUUGAUGCCGCCGAGGGUCACCCAGCCCCACUGGGUGGCUACCAUGUUUCCGCUAAAUGUUUUGGGUACAUGACGCAGCAGCUGAUGAGCUUGGCGGGAGGUGCAGUGGUGCUGGCCUUGGAAGGUGGCCAUGACCUCACAGCCAUCUGUGAUGCUUCUGAGGCCUGUGUGGCUGCUCUUCUGGGCAACAAGGUGGAUCCUCUCUCAGAAGAGGGCUGGAAACAGAAACCCAACCUCAACGCCAUCCGCUCUUUGGAAGCCGUGAUCCGGGUGCACAGUAAAUACUGGGGCUGCAUGCAGCGCCUGGCUUCCUGUCCAGACUCCUGGGCGCCCAGGGUGCCCGGGGCCGACACAGAAGAAGUGGAGGCAGUGACGGCAUUGGCAUCCCUCUCCGUGGGCAUCCUGGCUGAAGAGCGGCCCUCAGAACAGCUGGUGGAGGAGGAAGAACCUAUGAAUCUCUAAGCCUCCAGAACGGAUCUGCCUGCCCACCCUGCCCUUUGGACCUGGUUCUCUUCUAACCUCUGGCAACAGUACCCGUUCCCGGGGUCUUCAGAGAGCCUUCGGGCAGGUAGUUGGGGCUAGAGAACAGCCCCUUGCAGUCACCCCAAGGAGCCUGAGAAGGGCCCUGGGUCUAGGAUAGGGACCAAAGAGGACCCGGAGAGGAGGCAGGCUGGGCAGCCAGGUGGGCCUCAGUAGGGCUCUCUCAAGAACAGAGUCUACCCGUUUGGGGUCCAGGCCCCUGGCUGGGCCCCCAUUCCUCAGGACUGCACAGAGGAGGACUAGCUCAGUCGGGCCCACCGAUAACCACUAUUCUUGGCUCUGUAGACCCUGGGCUCUGCACACAGCCCCAGGCUCCACACAGAAAUGUGAACUUGGCCUCAGCCAGGGUGGUCUUUCCUAGGCUCUGAGGGCUGGACUGGAGUCGGGGCUGGGUAGGAGGAGCCAGGGGUCUGCCAUCCCUGAGGGCAGGGGGCGUCCCUCUUGACGGCUUCCUCAGAUGACUCUGGAAGCUUCUCCCCCACCCCCACCCUGCCCCGCCACUGGGCAGGGAGACAAAGCUCCUUCCGAGAGAGCAGCCAUCAGCAGGCCUCCCAGCUGGUCCCUGGCCCCGCCAGAGGCCACCCUACGUCAGCCAUCUCAGUGCCCUGGUGGAGCAGACAGGUGCUCUGGGAGUCCCGUGCUUCCUGAGCCAAUGGUGCCAAACUCUUCAUCUCUCCUCAGCGGCACGGCAUGACCGCCAGGGGCCCCUCGGUCACUGCCCCCCUCCGUGAGCCUUCUCUCUUUCUGGGGUCUCCCUCACCCAGCUCUGACUCCUGCCCUACAUAGGACUAGCUUGGCUGAGGGGAAAGGGGGUGGGAGAGUGGACACAAGACAUGGGGGAGGGGAGGCUGCCCUGGCAAAGUCUUCAAGGCUUCUGGGGUCCGGGCCUGGGGCCAAGAAGGAAAGUGUUGGGGUGUGUGUGUGUGUGUGUGUGUGUGUGUGUGUGUGUGUGAGAGAGUAUGUGUGUUUGUGUGAGAGAGUACGUGUGUGCACGUGUGUGUGUGUGUGUGUCUUCCCCAGGACCACCAUACCCUGUGUACGUAUGCAUGUUUUUGUAAAAAAAAAAAAAAUGGAAAAAAAUCUGAACAAUAAAUGUUUUAUUUGCUUUAAAGGUGCCUGUGAAAAGGCCU